AUGGAAGAGUCUUUGGUGUCGGCGGACGGGAAGAAUUCUCGGGCUGUGCUGUGUCAGCGGUGCGGCUGCCGCGUCUUGUCGGAGGGAAUGGCCACUCUAGCGAAGAGAGAGUUGCUUCUCCCCCGAAUGAAGAAAAAAUCCUCCUUGGCUGAAGAUUCCAGUCCUGAUUCUGAGCUGCUUGUUGAGCACUGGCUGGUACAUGACAUGUUUACUUUUGAGAAUGUGGGAUUCACCAAAGAUGUGGGAAGUGUCAAGUUCCUAGUAUGUGCGGACUGUGAAGUUGGACCUAUUGGUUGGCACAGUCUGGAGGAAAAGACUAACUUUUAUGUAGCACUGGAACGUGUUCGGCAUGAGUGA